AUGAGGCUGCGUGCAGGGAACGCAGCGUGUCUGCCCUGCCUGCUAGCGCACGUGCCCGGCCAGGUGCCCUACAUCUGCGUCUGGGACGCAGAAGCACCCCUGCCCACCCGGCCGGCCCCACAGCACUGCCUAUGGCUCCGAAUGAACAAAGUACACAAGUGGGUCACCCCCAGAGGAAACAAUGACAUCAAAGGCCCUCAAGAGCCCUUCAUGGCAGGAAAGUGGCACCCCAAGUAUGGAGGCCUGACUGCCUUCUCCCCGCAGGUGUUGCUGAAGGUACCCUGCACACCAAGGCCCUGGGCCAUGCAGCUUUGCCAAGAUGUAGGCCCCAUUUUGAGCGCUGAGCUAGCUGCCUUCCACGAGCAGUCUGCCCCUGGAGGGGGCCAGGCGCACCCUUCUGAACACUUGAACCCUGCAGGUAUCUCUGGGAUGGCUGCUGCUGAGGUGCCCAGCUACCUGGUGUCACCCCAGGCCGAGAAGCACCGGAGGGCCCGCAACUGGACUGAUGCAGAAAUGCGUGGCCUCAUGCUGGUCUGGGAGGAGUUCUUCGAGGAGCUGAAGCAGACCAAGCGCAACGCGCGAGUCUACGAGAAGAUGGCCAGCAAGCUGCUGGAGAUGACGGGCGAACGGCGGCUGGGCGAGGAGAUCAAGAUCAAGAUCACCAACAUGACCUUCCAAUACCGGAAACUAAAGUGCAUGGCAGACAGUGAGUCUGUCGCGCCCGACUGGCCCUACUACCUUGCCAUCGACAGGAUCCUGGCCAAGGUGCCUGAGUUGUGUGAUGGCAAAUUGACUGACAGCCAGCAGCCUGGGCCCUCCACAUCUCAGACUGAGGCCUCCCUGUCACCGUCCACCAAAUCUACCCCCAUGUACGUGCCCUAUAAGCCAUGCUACGAAGGCCACUUCCCGGGUGCCGGCUCUGACAGCUCCUCCAGCUUACUCUCCCUCAAGCUCAGGUCAGAUGAGCGGCCGCUGAAGAGGCGGAAGGCACAGGGCUGCCCGCUGCAGAGGAAGAAGCUUCGGGUGCUAGAAGCAAUGCUGGAUGAGCAACGCAAGCUGAGCCGUGCCGUGGAAGAGACAUGUCGUGAGGUACGCCGUGUGCUGGACCAGCAAAACCUGCUGCAGGUGCAAAGCCUCCAGCUACAGGAGCGCAUGAUGAGUCUGCUGGAGCGCCUCAUUGCCAAGUCCAGCACCUGAUGGUGCCAGGGUAUGUCUGUCAAGACCAGUGCCCAGGCUGCUCAGGACUGAGACUGCCCUCCCCUGCAGUGAUCAAGCUUCCAG